AUGGAAUCAGGUGUCUGGGGAAACAGGACAACUGUUAUUGAAUUUGUCCUUCUUGGACUAACAGGAAAUGUAAGACUGCAAAUCAUUCUUUUUGUUGUCUUUUUCUUUGCCUAUAUUGUCAUUGUUGGGGGCAAUUUUAGUAUUUUGGCUGCUAUCUAUGUGGAACCCAAACUCCACACUCCUAUGUACUACUUCCCGAGAAACCUAUCUCCGUUGGACAUCAGGUGCAUCAGUGUCACGGUGUGUCUCCUGGCUCACCAAUGUAGAGUUCCCUACACUGCCUGCAUUUCACAGCUCUUCUUUUUCCACCUCUUGGCAGGUGUGGACUGUCAUCUCUUGACAGCCAUGGCCUAUGACCACUACCUGGCCAUCUGCCAACCCCUCACCUACAGCAUCCGUAUGAGCCGUGAAGUACAGAGUACACUGGUGGGCAUUUGCUGUACCAUCUCCUUCAUUAAUGCUCUGACUCACACAGUGGCUGUGUCUGUGCUGGACUUCUGUGGCCCUAAUGUGGCCAACCACUUCUACUGUGACCUACCACCCCCUUUCCAGCUCUCCUGCUCCAGCAUCUACCUCAGUGGGCAGCUGCUUUUCAUUGGAGUCACUUUCAUGGGAGUAGUCCCCAUGAUCCUUAUUUCAAUGUCCUAUGCCCACGUUGCAGCUGAAGUACUAAGGAUUCGCUCUGCAGAGGGGAGGAAGAAGGCAUUUUCCACAUGUGGCUCCCACCUCACUGUGGUCUAUAUCUUUUAUGGAACUGGCUACUUCAGUUACAUGCGUCUGGGUUCUUUCUCAGCCUCAGACAAAGGCAUUGGGAUCCUCAAUACUAUCCUCAGCCCCAUGCUGAACCCAAUGAUCUAUAGCCUCUGGAAUCCAGAUGUACAGGGUGCCCUGAAGAGGGUGCUGGCAGGAAAGAGGCAUCUAGUGUGA